UAUCAAUCCAAGGGGGCGUCCCGAUCCUUUUCCACUCAUCACCGGACCUUCAAAUUUUCCCCCACUUUCUCCCCUUUUCCCUCCCUUUUCUCUCUCUCUUUCCAACCAUCACCGAUCAGGAUUUACUUCUCCCACCGACCAAAGAAAUUAAUUUAUUGUGAUCGAAGGUGUGUUUCCGAGUUUCAGACAUUUUUCAAAGGCUGUAUUUAUGGUCGUGGUUGCUGUGACAAAAACUCAAGUCUCUUUGCUGCUCAGUGGCUUUUCAAUCAGGAACCCAUUCCUUGUAAUGGAGUGCAGCUGUUGAAAAUCAGUGCAAUAUAUGUAUCACAAGUUUUUGCUUUUUACCAUUGAUAAUGGAAAUUGAAAGUCAAACAGAGAGUAUGGACCAAAGCAAUAUGCUUCCACCACCACCAGGGACUUUCCAAGAUCGUGAAGACCUUAUUAAACAUGUUCGUGAUUUUGGGGCAAACCAAGGAUAUGUUGUAACCAUUAAGAAAUCUAGGAAGGACAGAAGAGUUAUUCUUGGUUGUGACAGAGGGGGUGUUUAUCGUAACAGGCGUAAGAUUGAAGAAAGUAAGCGCAAAAGAAAAGCAUGUUCACGCCUUAUAAAUUGUCCUUUUGAAGCCAUUGGUAAAAAAGAAGAUGAUUUGUGGGUACUUACCAUAAAAAAUGGGGAACACAAUCAUGAACCUUUCAAGGACAUGUCUCAGCAUCCAUAUAGUCGUCGUUUUAGUGAGGAUGAGGUCAGACAAAUCAAACUAAUGACUGAUGCUGGUAUAAAACCACGCCAAGUGCUUAAGGCUCUCAAAAAAAAUAAUCCAGAGCUUCAGUCAACUCCGAGGCAUUUGUAUAAUCUCAAAGCCAAGAUCCGUCAAGGAAAUAUAUCAGAGAAAAGUUUCAAGUCAUGGAGACCCAAUAGAUCUGUUCCUGUAAAUACCACAAAUCCCUUGGAGUCAUCAUCAAAGCACAACAUUCAUCCGCUGAAGGUUCCUAAUCUUAUUGGAGGGAAGUAUGUGGAUUCACAAGCAUGUGCAAUAAUUGAUGUUAUAAAUCCUGCCACCCAAGAAGUUGUUUCCGAAGUUCCUUUAACUACUUAUGAAGAAUUUAAAGCUGCAGUCAGUGCAGCCAAACAAGCUUAUCCUUCAUGGAGAAAUACUCCUGUUACCACUCGUCAACGCAUCAUGUUCAAGCUCCAAGAGCUCAUCCGUAGGGAUAUUGAUAAGCUUGCCAUGAAUAUUACUAUAGAGCAGGGAAAGACAUUGAAGGGUGCUCAAGGUGAUGUCCUUCGAGGCUUAGAGGUUGUUGAACAUGCUUGUGGAAUGGCUACGUUGCAAAUGGGUGAGUUUGUUCCCAAUGCGUCUAAUGGAAUUGAUACAUACUGCCUUCGAGAACCGCUUGGCGUGUGUGCUGGGAUAUGUCCCUUUAAUUUCCCAGCAAUGAUUUCCUUGUGGAUGUUCCCGAUUGCAGUUACAUGUGGCAAUACAUUUAUUCUAAAGCCAUCUGAGAAAAAUCCAGGGGCUUCAAUGAUACUGGCAGCUUUAGCAAUGGAGGCUGGUUUGCCCCAUGGUGUCUUAAAUAUUGUUCAUGGCACCAAUGAUAUUGUCAAUUAUAUUUGUGAUGAUGACGAUAUAAAAGCUGUAUCAUUUGUUGGUUCAAACACGGCUGGCAUGAACAUUUAUGCUAGAGCAGCUGCUAGAGGGAAACGUGUUCAGUCCAACAUGGGAGCCAAAAAUCAUGCAAUCAUCAUGCCUGAUGCAAGCAUGGAAGCUACCUUGAAUGCCCUAGUUGCUGCUGGUUUUGGUGCUGCCGGACAGAGGUGCAUGGCACUUAGCACAGCGGUUUUUGUUGGAGGGUCAAUCCCAUGGGAAGAAGAACUUGUGGCAUGUGCCAAAGCACUCAAAGUUAAUGCAGGAACAGAGCCUGGUGCAGACCUUGGUCCAGUGAUUAGCAAAGAGGCAAAAGAUCGUAUAUGCAGAUUAGUUCAAAAUGAUGUUGGAAGUGGUGCCAGACUUGUCCUGGAUGGGAGAAAUAUUGUGGUUCCAGGAUACGAGUAUGGAAACUUUGUUGGGCCUACUAUCUUAUGUGAUGUUACUACCAACAUGGAGUGCUACAAGGUAUCUUAUCUUCAUGCUUCCAGUCUUGCUGUUAACAUUUUCAGAAUGAAUGGACGGGAAGAAAUCUUUGGACCGGUUCUCCUCUGUAUGAAGGCUGACAGCCUAGAGGAGGCAAUAACCAUUGUUAACAGAAACAAGUGCAGCAAUGGAGCUUCCAUUUUUACCACAUCGGGUGUUGCUGCGAGGAAGUUCCAGAAUGAAGUUGAGGCUGGGCUGGUUGGGAUUAAUGUUCCUGUUCCAGUUCCUUUGCCAUUUUCCUCAUUCACUGGAUCCAAGUUAUCUUUUGCGGGUGAUCUCAAUUUCUGUGGAAAGGCAGGUGUACAAUUUUACACCCAGAUCAAAACAGUGGCACAACAAUGGAAGGAUUUGCCAAGCCGAGGAGUCUUGCUAGCUAACCCUUCAUUAUCUGAAACAGAUAUAACAAGCCGGGGGGUAUCCUUAGGAUUGCCUCCAACGUCUGAGAGAGAUUUGUCCAGCCAAGGGGUAUCACCAGCCGUUCCUCCAACAUCUGAGAGAGAUUUACAUAUCAAUGGAGCAUCACUGCCUGUACCUCCAACAACUGAUUUGGACAUGCAAAGCCAGGGAGGAUCCCUGGCUUCACCUGCAACAUCUGAGAUGGAUGUACCGGACCAGGAAAUGUCACUAUCUAUGCCUUCGGAAACUGAAAGGGAUUUGCGGACUCAAGGAAUGUCACUGGGAACGCCUCAAGCAUCUGAGAGGAUGUAUCUGCCUCAAAAAUCUCAUUGGAAUGACACUCUGCUCCCCACAUCUCAAAGAACUGAAACUAUUCCACCAACUUCUGAGAGGAUUUAUGCACCUACAACGUCCCAUAGGAAUGACAACAUGGUUACAGUGACUCAGAGAACUGACAUGGCCAUGGUUCCAUCUUCAGAAGGGGUAUACAUGCCUACAACAUCUCACCGAAAUGACAAUAUGGUUCCAUCAUCUCAAAGGACUGAUGCUACUGUCCAUCCAACAGAGAGGGUAUACGUGCUGGCAACAUCUCACAGGAAUGAUAACAUGGUACAAACUUCUCAAAGGACUGACAUUACUAUGCAUGCAGCUUCUGAGAGGGUAUACAUGCCUGCUACAUCUCACAGGAAUGACAAUAUGGGUUCCACAUCUCAGAGGCCUGACAUUGCUGUGCACCCAACUGAGAAGAUAUACAUGUCUGCAACAUCUCAUCGGAAUGACAGCAUGGCUCCGACAUCUCAACGGACUGAUAUCAUGCCUCAAGCUUCUGAGAGGAUGUAUAUGCCUUCGGCAGUUCACAGGAAUGGUGGUAUGCCACCCACGUCUGAGAGGUUGUACAUCCCUGGAACAUCUCAGAGGAUGUAUACUCAAAACCCGAUGAUUUCAAUCGAUGAAUUUUCUGGCCAGGGAGCAUCACUGACGUUUCCUACAUCUCAGAGGAUAUAGGAAUAAGGUGCUGCGUUAUUUAUUUUUAUUUUAGGAACCUCACAGACGAAGAAAUCUCAUAAUGGCCAGGAAAAAAUGAUUUUUGUUCUCUCUUUCUCCCUCUUUUUUUUUUUUUUUUGUUGUUGUCGGUAGAUGACUACAAGGUUUCUCUUCCCCAUAUUCUAUCCUUCAACUGCCUUUACCUUACUUGGUUAUGAGAGAGGUCUACAUUCCGUGAAGCAUGGAGGAAAAGCGGCCUCCAUCUGUGAAGAGUGGUAUUCCUCUUUCAUUGAUUCGUCUCUGCCAAAUCAAGUCAGCAGCAAGCAUCUGUGGAGAAUGGUAUUUGCUCUUUUUGUUGCUUUGUUUCAUGCUGCGGCUUCCCCUUCUGCUUCAACUCCAGGUUCAGAAAUAGAAGUCUUAUGUAGCAAAGGUCUGAUAUUUUGGGUAGGGUUAGCAUUAUACAUGGUUUAAAAGUGUAGGUAGCUAGCGGGGAGCAGAGUCUGAAAUGAAUUAUAAAGAUGGGGGAGGCAUUUGAACAUGAGGAAAAUCAACAUAUAAUUACUAACCACUUUGUUCCUCCUUUAUUAAUGCACCUAUUUAUUGGUUUCUAAUCAA